UGUAAAGUACGUUAUUAAAUGUUAAUUAAAUAAAAAUGGCUGACAAAAAAAAGAACAUCCCCGAACAGAAACUUAAAGCCUUCUCGAUCGGCACCAUGGCGAAAAGAAAACUCUCAAAGAGAGAGCUAGAAGACCUGCGAAAGAAAGAGGAAGAAAAAGCAGUUGCCCAUGUCUUUCAGGAAUUUGUUGAAACAUUCCAAGAAGUACCAUCGAAUGGAUCGAAAGCAUGGGUGAAAGCAGGUACUUACGACGCCGGUGCCAGAAAGGAAGACACUAGAGAGAAAGGCAAACUAUACAAACCCCAAUCAAAAAUUACCAUCCCCCAAGAUGUGGUGUCUUCAGUUGAGAGGGCUCAAGCAACAGCUCGAAUAUUGGCAACUGACAAACCUGAACGUUUAGGUAGAAAGAAGGCACCAGAGAAAUCGAAUCUAGAAGCGUUCAAAGAGGAAUUGAGAAGAAUCCAAGAAGAACGGGAGGAAAGGCACAAGUAUAAGAGUGUUGCCAAAGCAUCAGUGGAAAGUGAAAUGAGUUUACUUUUAAAAUCGGAAGAUCUCGAAAGCGAUCUUACAACAACGAAUCUAUUUCUUAGAAAUUUGAAUCCGAAAGUCACUGAACAGCAAUUAAUGGAAAUAUUCGGGCGAUAUGGACCGUUAGCCAGCAUCAAAAUUAUUUGGCCACGAUCUGAAGAAGAAAAGGCUAAAGGAAGUAAUUGUGGUUUUGUAGCCUACAUGGCGCGUAAAGAUGCGGAAAGAGCCCUUAGAAAUUUAAAUGAGAAGGAAAUAUCCGGUAGUGAUAUUAAACUGGGUUGGGGAAAACCUGUAAUACUACCACCAUUUCCUAUCUAUAUUCCUCCACCUUUAAUGGAAUUGUCUAUGCCCCCGCCACCUUCAGGACUUCCUUUCAACGCUCAACCGAUUGCUCAAGAUCGCGAUAUUCUACCAAAGACUCAAGAUGAACUUAAUCAAAUCCUUUAUAGAGCCGUUGUGAAGGUGGUUAUGCCGAAAGACAGAGCACUAUUGAUUUUGAUUAACAGAAUGGUAGAAUUUGUUGUCAGAGAAGGUCCUAUGUUCGAAGCUAUGAUAAUGAAUAGGGAAAUCAAUAAUCCGAUGUUCCGCUUCCUCUUUGAAAACCAAAGUCCUUCGCAUAUUUACUACAGAUGGAAAGUAUUUUCCAUUACUCACGGGGAAUCACAAAGGGAGUGGUCGAACAAAGAAUUUAGAAUGUUCAAAGAGGGAUCGAUAUGGAAGCCGCCAGUAAAAAAUUGUUACACGACUGGUAUGCCUGACGAUUUGGUCGACGAUGACGGUGGAAAGGAUUCGGCCAAGGCGUCUCUUUCUAAGAGUGAGAGAGAUCGUCUUGAGCAUCUGAUUCGUCACUUGACUCCUGAAACGAAAAAAAUAGGAGAAGUGAUGGUAUUCUGUAUCGAUCAUGCGGAAGCAGCAGAAGAAGUUUCCGAAUGUAUCAAAGAAUCGCUCUCGAACGAGUCCACCAUAAUUACAAAGAAGAUUGCUAGACUGUAUCUUCUCUCAGACAUCCUUCAUAAUUGUGGAGUUAAGGUGAAUAAAGCAUCCUUCUAUAGAAGAGCCAUUGAAACUAGACUGGUGGAUAUUAUGCGUUAUUUGAAACAAACCUAUGACAAGUUAGAAGGACGGUUGCAAGCCGAAGGUUUUAAAGCCAGAAUUUAUCGAACAAUGAAAGCUUGGGAAGACUCGAUCUACCCAAAAGAUUUUAUGAGAGAGAUAGAAAACGCAUUUCUAGGAUUAGAGAAAGAGGUUAAAAAGCCUGAUCCUGACCUUGGCGACGAUAUAGACGGUGAUCCUUUGCAGGAUGCUCACGAAACUGACGAGGACACGCCGAUGGACGGUGCAGCUCUUUUAAAAGGUGCUCUAAAGCAGCAGCAACAACAACAUCAACAACAGUUUAUGAGAAGUCCUACCCCUGGUGGAGAUACAGAUAUAGACGGCGAAGAAAUUCAAGACAUGGAUGAAAACGUGAAACAGGACGGUUCAGCGAAAUCGGCUCCACCGUCUUCUUUAUCAGGAUUUAUCUUGUCCAAAUGGGAAACUGUUGAUCCCGAACAAGUAGAAGCACAAGCUAUGACGACCAGUAAAUGGGAUUUACUGGAAAGUGACAAUAGUCAGGACAGCCCAAAUCAAAAUUCAAACGACAAUUCUGAAUUUAGGGAGGUGCAAGAGAAGCGUCGAACAAAACUAAGAGAAAUCGAAGUGAAAGUGGUGCAAUACCAAGACGAAUUAGAAUCCGGUUCUCGAAAUCUGAGAUCCGGAUGGACUGUGCAACAGCAAGUUCAGCAUUACAGAAGGAAACUCCUGAAAAAGUACGAAGACGAGAUAACGAAUGAAACUGAUAAAGAAGUGGACGAUAAAAGUGAAAAGGGUAAGACAGAUUACGAUAAAAGCGAGAGGGGUGGCGCAAGCUCAGACGAUUCUUAUUAUAAAAGCUCGAGUGCGAAAAAGAAGAAAAAGCGCAAGCGCAGCAAUUCUAGACAUAGAUCGAAAUCUAGAUCUCCGUCUCGUAAAAGAAAGGGAAAUAGUCCACCUUCUGCUAGAAAAAGGCGUAGUUCGCCGGAAUCUUCUAGGUCUAGAGGGCAUCGGGAUAGAUCACUAUCACCCUACAGUUCUCCACGAACUUCUUCAGCUCGUUCAUCAAGACAUAGCAUAAAAUCACCGUCUCCGGUCAAGUAUCGAUCACCUUCGCCCAGGAGAUACCGCGAUACCACUCGUGAAACCAGAAAGCAUAAACAUAAACAUAGAUAUUAGUAAUAAAAUAUUUAUUUACACAUAAUAUGUAUGACAGUUUAGGUUUGUGCUAAAUAGAUAAAUAUUGUAAUCGCCAUUGAAUUAUUAAAUGCUUGUGUUUGAUGAUAAAUAUUGAUCGAUUUUUUAAUGUUUAGGUAAUUAUCGUCUAUCAAAUAAGUAUAAAUAAAACCUGAUUUAAUGUAGCAUGUCACUAAUUAACUGUUGUAUGUGGUAAUUAAUAAUUACGAACGUUUGGGUUGAAUAAACCAAUUACCCAUAUCAAAA